AUGAAAAUGGAGCUGCUGGAAGAGGAGCUGAGGAGUCUGCAAAUAGAGCUAGAUGAAACAAAGGAUGUUCUGUUCAGAACCAAAAGUGAGCUUGAGACCAGUAAAAGACUGGCCAAAGAGGAAAUGGAGAAAGUUUGUAGAGAGAUGGCUGACCUGCAAAGGUCUACAAUGGAGCAGCUUAAAGUUUCAAGAUUUGGUUUGGAGCGGUUCUCAACAGACAGUGCUUCAAUCAAAUUUUAUACUGGGUUUCCAACCUAUUCCCAUUUGAAAAUAUUCUUUGAACUUGCUAGAAGAGGGGCUGAGUUCAUGAAAUAUUGUUAUGCUUCAGGAGAAAGAGGAAGUCGACCUGCUUCAAGACAACUUCAACAGAUUGAUGAGCUGUUCCUCUUCCUUGUCCGGCUAAAGCUGGGUUUAUUUGAGCAGGAUCUAGCAGAUCGAUUCCAAAUGAAUAUCUCUUCCAUUAGUAGAAAGUUAACAACUUGGGCAAAUUACUUGUAUUUUCUCUUGGGCAGUAAGCCAAUUUGGCCAACAAGGGAAUGCAUCCAGAAGUAUAUGCCACAUGGAUUUCGUAGGAUGUAUCCAGCAACAAGAGUCAUAAUUGACUGUACAGAGAUAUUUGUACAGACACCAUCGUCUCUGCUUCUUCAGUCACAUUCAUCCUACAAAUCAAACACCACAAUGAAGGGGCUCAUAGGAAUAACUCCACAUGGUGCAAUUUCUUUUGUGUCAUCUCUUUACACUGGGUCAAUCUCUGAUAAAGAAAUAACAAGAUGCAGUGGAAUAUUGGAAUUGCUAGAACCAGGUGAUGCAGUGAUGGCAGAUAAAGGUUUUGAUGUGGAAGAUUUACUAAAAGAAAAAGGAGUAGUCCUUAAUAUUCCUCCCUUUUUACAAAAACAGACACAAUUUAAACCAGUUGAUGUGCAAGAAACAAAAACAAUUGCCAAACUUCGGAUACAUGUUGAGAGAGCAAUUAGAAGGAUAAAAGAAUAUCACUUUUUUUGA